AUGACCAAACUGCGACAAAAGAUUGCAAAGAGGGAUCAUGGCAAGAACACCGCCAUGUCAAAGAGUACAAGGGCCGACAAGAUAGAGUUUAGCAAACUGCCGCCUAGCCAGAGAGGUGCGCCAGGAGCAGGAGGAGUGGUGGAUGUCACACAAGAGAUUGAGCGUGUAACAAUCGAGAGCAAGAGAGAGCGAUAUCAGAAGGAGCAGGAGGAGAGAGAGUUGCACGAGUCAAAGGACGAGCAGUAUUAUAAAGAGGUGGCACCAGGCAUAUCAAUCAAUCCCGCACUGUCACUGGUGAAUAGACAACAGGUCGUGGUGACGAGUGGCACCGACGCCGCCGACGUCAGCCAGGCCAACGAACUGGCGGUGCGCUUUGGUCUCGACUACGUGCCCCUCCACCAACUACAGACCAUGCCACAACAAUUGUUCACAUAUCAGCUCGCGCUGGCAGUGGCCAGCGGCCGCCUCAGUCUGAACGACCUCGAGCUGUACGAGGGCAAGUCAGGCGGUAUCCGUCGCAAGAUGACCUGCGAGGUCACACUGGACUUCACCUCUGGCGAGCUAUUCUACAAGAUCAAGGAGAGGACAUUUGCCAAGUCGCCAAUGGUGCGCUCUGUGCGCUGUCCCGAGGUGCCCGCCACCGUGCUCGAUGUCACGGGCGGCCUAGGCAAGGACGCAUGGGUGAUCGCAUCGUUUGGAAGCAAGGUCACAGUGGUCGAGCGCAACCCUAUUCUACAUUACUUCUUGGAGUGUGCAUUGGACAAGGCGAGGAAGAAUCCCGCGACCAAAGACAUUGCCGCACGCAUCACAUUGAUCAAGGCCGACUCUGUUGAGUAUCUUUGUUCAAUAAUCAAUCGCGAACCAUCAGAGCAGCCCGACGUCAUCUACAUGGAUCCAAUGUAUCUGUCCAAGUCGGACAGUGCCAAGCAAGCGCGAGCGCUCUCCAAGAAGGACAUCAGGGCCAUCAGGAAGCUGGUGGGUGGCGACAGAGAGUCCAAACUUCUCUUUGCGCUAUCCAAACGUAUUGCACAGAAACGUAUCGUCUGGAAGAAGCCCAAAACAGUAGCGCCAAUCAUUGGUAUCGACACACAUUAUUCCUCAUCCGACACAAGAUUCGACGUCUUUAUAACCGCCACCAAGAAGGUGGUUAAUCCUGCCAAUGGCGCCGAGACCACGACCGACCCUCGCAGCAGUAGCAGCAACAAUAGUAGUGGCAAUAAUGGCUUGGACAACAAAGCAAAGGGUGAGGCAAUGUCCUGUAUCCAUUAG